AUGGCCGAUCAGCCCAUUACUUCUCGUCCUCCAUCUUCUCUCCCAACGGAUCGGAUUCACGUGUUCUGGCACGAGGGUAUGCUCAAUUAUGAUACUGGCAUAGGCGUAUUUGAUACCGGAAUGGACCCUGGUUUUCUUGAUGUACUGGAAAAGCACCCAGAAAAUGCUGAUAGGGUCAAGAACAUGCUCUCUAUACUCAAAAGGGGUCCUAUUGCACCUUUCAUUUCCUGGCACUUGGGUAGACCUGCUGUGAUAUCAGAGUUGCUCUCUUUCCACACUCAAGGAGAAUCUCUCACUAAGCUGACCAAGUCUGGCAUCUAUAGCUUGACUCUGUCAGAAAGUGAAUCCAAUGAAACUCUUCUAGUUUGGAUCGCUGGAGGUGAUGAUAAGGAUGGAUACCUAGACUUAUUGAAUUGUCAUCUAGAGAUCGAUACCUAG